UUUAGGGAUGCCUUCAUCAGAUGAAGCGCUCACUACUUUUGACCCAACACAAUUAAUAUUGACAGUCUGCUCACUAAUAUCAUUGGUACUAACCGUUGCAUCGUGUCUGUGUUGCAGGAAGAUUAAACUCAGAGACCAUGGGGAUGCUCAAGACGUUAAUAAUGCUAGCACUUCUGCAGCUGUGUACAGUGAUGGGACGAUUCCCUACCGUGUUGAAUGUCGUCCCACUCUUCGUGUAGAAAAAGUCACAGAACGUCGCUCUCAACCCAAUAUGGAGUGCGAUCGCAUGGCAUCGGAUGGAGCUUUGAUUAGGAAUUCAGUCCCGUUGCAGACAGGCCGUGCACUCCCUAAAUUACCUUUGGAUAUGUAUUCUGUCAUUUGUAAAACCAGAAAGGCUAAUGUUGGGUUCGUCGAUGAAGAUGGAAAUCCAACUUAUGAAUCCAUUGAUCCCGAGAAUGACUCUUUGAUUGAUCCUCUGUACUCGAAGUUAGGUGAGGUCUCCUCUAGCCGUCCGGAGAGGAAAUAUGAUUAUCCGGUUUUCUCUGGCAGGAAAACUGCUGCUCUUGCAGUACCGGACGAUGGUUUUGUUUACCAAAAUGCGUCACAGAUCUACACCAUUUGUGGAAGUGAAGACCCUUAUAGCUCAAUAACUUCGGAACCGCCUCGUUCCAAUGGAGCAGCUGACCAAGAAGGCUGUAGCAGCAGCAACUACAAUGCAAGAUAUGCUAAAGAUGGCCAGGAGGAUCUAAAUGCUGCUUGGCGAAGAGAACGUCUAGAAAGAACAGAGAUGGAAGUCGACCAACUUUAUUCCAAAAUCCGUCGUUCUUCUCUGCUCAAUAGCGACGAUACUGCAUCUGUCGCGGAACCUUCACAAGUGGCUGUAGAAGAUAAGAUGGGAGAUAUCGCUGUUCCCGCUGUCUCACCGCACUCCAUAAAGAACGUUGAUGCGGAGUCGUUAUCGAGUCGUGAGCCAUCCUACAGAUACAUUACCGUUCGAGAAAAUGCAGAUUUGGUUCGCGAGAGGUUGCGACUUCAAGGGCAACUUGCGCCUCCAGUUAGGGAACAUUACUACUCAGUGAUCGGCAACGAGUAUGAAACUGUCGGCGAUGUACCGAGCACAAGCACAUAUAGUGCAGUUGAUAUACCUCCAGCACAUGACAUGCUCAACGUGACGACGACAUUUUCCGAGUUUGCACCUCCACCACCAACGUCUCCAAUUCCUGAUAGGACAGCAUGUGAAGUUGAUGUGCAGCAGCCAUGUUCGAGCAGAACACACGAUGCUGUGACACCUUUAUACUCCGUGGUGUCUAAGCCAAGGAUCGGCUCUACUGAUAAGGGUGUGCUUAACAACAGUGGCGCUAACGGAUUUCACCCUGUAGAGCGAGGACCAACGAGCACGUCUAGAUUGGAAUCAGGCAUGAAUGCUUCUACAUCAUUUCCAUCCGAGCACGAAGGUGCUUCGAGUUCGAUCCGGGCCAUGGCAUUUCAAGAACGACUGGCAUGACAGAUCAGUUUUGGAUUUUGAAAUCGAGUUAUCUGAUCGAAUGAGUCGAUCCUGACUCUCAGGGUAUCAACCUAUGCGAGGUGCAAAACCGGUGCGGCAGUCUUCAGCGAACUAGUUUGCUUUACGAUCCUAAUGAAGAGCAUUAACACACUUACGACAUGUCGUUUGUCGUUUUCUUGUCAUCGCAGACUCAUUCAUGAGAGAGUCAUACUUUCAUAUGGUUGUGCUCACGGAAUUCUACUUGUUACAUUUGACUCGGCUUUGAGACGCGUAAGGCAUUCACAGGUGCUCAAUACGGUGGUUGCAUGGUCCCUACUCGCUUUUCUGCUUUCAUGUGCUAGCUUUUCGGACUUCGAUUAAUUAUGCCAGUAAUGGCCUCAUCCCAUUACCUGGAAAGCAUUAAAAUUACAGAGACAGCAGCGCGAGAAGCGGUUGCAACAAUUGUGAACACGUUCUCAUGCAGUGAGUAUUUGGUCGAAUUCGGGUUGACGGUUGACUCAGGAUCGGACCCGGAUUACAGGCAGACACGAUAUCACCCUAGGCGCAGUGAUGCCGCUCAGUGCAAUUACGUCUUUGCAGCUUUGGAUGGGUAAAAGGUUGCAGCUGACUUUCAUUUCAUGAUAUGUGAAGGCUAUAUAGCUGUGCGUGCUGCGGUAGUCUUACAAAGCUUGUAAGGGCGGUGGCACACACGCAUUUAGAAUGUGCGAAAGAGGGAACCUGAGUGAUGAGAAAAGUUUGGGAUCAGCGCUUAUACCACGGGUUGUGCUUGUUCGUAUUGUACAUUGUCACAUGGCCAGAGUUAAGGUUUUGUUUCUGCCUUUUGAAGAAGUCAAGCAACGAAAACGGAUGGACGAUGGACGAUCUCCGCGGAAUAUUUUACCAUAUAUCAUAUCAUCUCGAAGUGUAUUACGAUAACAAUGAACACAGAGCCAGUUGAUAGUGUGCUGAUUCUUUGCCUAUCGUUAAAGAUUUGGUAGUGCUGAUUGUAACGGCUUUUACGGGAAUCUCCUUUCAGGCCACUACUCGGAUUCGACUUGACACAAACCUUUUUGCGCCAGAAAGCAGCACUCGGAGUGGCUGCUUACGGGUAUUUUGCACGCGCUGGACGACUCGCCGGUCUCCACUUUUGCCUUUCAAUAUCCACCGCGCGACGUCCUCCCCCUGACACGUUUGACUGUACGAGUCUAGAGUAGAGGCGCACAUCUUGUCCGCGCGCUUGUACGAGGUUUUUGAGGUGGGAUAUCCGCCAUUUUCAUGCGAAUUUGAAUCCGCAUAGAGUAUAAUACAGGGGAAAUAAACCAGAAAUUCUCAGACCCAUUUCUGGUAAGCAGCUCAAUACCGUUGUGAAGUGUGAUCUCAUACUUUUGUAAUAGCAUGGGAUGACCACUGCCUGGAAGCGGAGAUUAUCAAGCGUAGUCGUUUUCCCACUCCCUGCUUAUGACAAUUUAUUGUUGCUCAACUGUGAAAAUGUAAUCACGCACAGAAAAGUAAAUGGCUUCUCGCAGUACGUCUACGUAACAGUGAGGCAUUGUAAUGGGGCAUAUCAUUAUAGUUCACCAUAGUGUUCUAUUACUUACUACUCUCGAUUCCCCAUCAUCUGCUGCUUGAAUCGGGCCUAGUUAUGGAAUUACGCAUUGGAAUAAACAAAUUCAUGUUACGGUUACGUAUUGUCGUCAGUGUGUUAAGAACUAGCUCUGUUGUAUCCUCUGAUCACGUGUCAUCAUAUGUAGGAGUUGAUAUAAUUAUGAAAGGCUUAGUGAUUCAUGAAAGAAUCAAUGAACAGUUUUAUUAGUUUUGUCAC